GCCAAUGGGAGGCAGCCAUCUGUUGUGAGCGGAGAGGAGAUCCCAUCUGCACUGUUAUCGGCUGAAGCGGUCCAUAAAGCAGGAUUUCACAGAAGAGGAGAAAGAGUUGCACGUAUAUUUUAAAAUAAUCUAUUCAUAAAUAUAUAUUGUAGUUAUAGAUAGCUAUACUAUAUCCUAAUUAAUAAAAUAAGAGUGAACCAAUUUAAACAAAAAAAAUGAAAGCGUUAGUGAUAGCGGCCUUUUUGGCUGUGGCGUGUGCAGACCCCAAAGUGUAUUUGAGGGAGCAGUUCGAUGAUGGGGAUGAAUGGAAGAGCCGGUGGGUUGAAUCGAAACACAAGUCGGAUUAUGGGAAGUUUGUUCUGACGGCUGGAAAAUUCUACGGGGAUGCAGAGAAAGACAAAGGCUUGCAGAGCAGCCAGGAUGCCAGAUUCUACUCCAUGUCGACAAGGUUUAAUUCUUUCAGCAACGAAGGGGAAACCCUGGUCAUUCAGUUCACAGUGAAACAUGAGCAGAGCAUUGACUGUGGGGGCGGCUACAUCAAACUCUUCCCAGGAGAACUGAACCAAGAGGAAAUGCAUGGGGAAUCCAGCUACAACAUCAUGUUCGGUCCAGAUAUCUGCGGACCAGGAACCAAGAAGGUUCAUGUGAUCUUCAACUACAAGGGAAAGAACCACUUGAUCAACAAGGAUAUUAGAUGCAAGGAUGACGAGUACACUCAUUUGUACACUCUGAUCGUCCGCCCUGACAACACCUACGAAGUGAAAAUCGACAACAAGAAGGUGGAGUCUGGCAGCCUGGAGGAGGACUGGGACUUCCUGCCCUCCAAGAAGAUCAAGGACCCUGAAGCCACGAAGCCGGACGACUGGGACGAGAGGGAGAAGAUUGAUGACCCCGAAGACUCCAAGCCCGAGGACUGGGACAGAUCUGAGCACAUUCCUGACCCUGAUGCCAAAAAGCCAGACGACUGGGAUGAAGAGAUGGACGGUGAAUGGGAGCCCCCUAUGAUCACAAACCCGGAAUACAAGGGCGAGUGGAAACCACGCAAGAUUGAUAACCCUGACUACAAGGGCAAAUGGGUGCACCCUGAAAUUGACAACCCAGAGUACACCCCCGAUUCCAGCAUUUACAAGUACGACAGCAAUGGUGUCCUGGGGCUUGACUUGUGGCAGGUGAAAUCGGGAACAAUCUUUGACAACUUCCUCAUAACAAAUGACGAAAAGUUUGCCGAAGAAGUUGGCAAUGAAACUUGGGGUGUAACCAAGGACCCCGAGAAAAAAAUGAAGGAGGCUCAGGAGGAAGAGGACAGGAAGAAGCGUGAGGAGGAUGAGAAGACCAUGAAGGAUGAAAUAAAGGAUGAGGGGGAAGGGGAAGAAGAGAAAGAGGAGGAUGAGGAGGACGACGAGGACGAAGAAGAAGAAAACGAGGAGGAAACAGACUCUAACCUGAAGGAUGAGUUGUAAUCCCAGAGUGUGCAAAGAGACACCCUGCCUAUUAUGAGCCAAUCUGGCGGGGCUGUGUGGACAUUCCUUAUACUUUUCAAGCAGGAUGAGGGGAGGUGGCAUCAUUCCACUUGGGCAUGAAAAACAUAAAACAAAUAUCAGAAGCCUUGGAGGAGGGUUUACCAAGGAAAACAAAUGUGGGUUUUUCAAGCCUAGGUUAACUUUUCACCUUUUCUGCUGAAUUAGCUAAACAAAUCCUUCCUUGUUCGAUAAGAACGCGCCUUGAGAUAGAAGCAGGUUUCUCCAUUGUGUUACGCCUUCAUGGUUAUUUUCUUAUUAGCCAUUAUCUAAAUGCUGGUUGUAAACCCCACUGGAGAAACCCCCCUUCCCCCACCCUAUUAGAUUUCAUUGACCAUAUGAUUUUAUUUUUUAUGUUUUUUGUUGUUUUGCAGGGCAAUUGCAAAAUAGAGGAAAUUGCUGUGACCUGCUCUAACCAAUGCCUCAAGUAAACCAUGCAGGUAGCAAACUAAAUGCCCAUCAUUAAUUAAGAGUCAGGGGUAAAAAUGGUAGCUUGGGCAAUGUUUUAUAAAUGCCAGUUGAGCACACAUUUGGCCAGUCUUUUCUAGUGCAUGUGUUUGUUACCCUGUCUAGUGCUGCUCACCCUCCAUGCUGACACUGUACAAAUUUGGUCUGAAUAGUAAACUUUGUCUUCUGAAUCGCAUUACCAAUGUCAUGUGCAUAGCUCUGUAAAUGUACAGUCUGUCACUAUUCGUGCUGAUAGAAAAGCUUAAUAUGAAGUGAUCAAAGCAUGACCAUGUUUAGUGGCGUGAGAGGAGCCGGUGAUCAUGUUUUUAAAUGGCUGAUUGUGUUCCUCUGCUAGUGCAAGCCCGUGUGUGUGUUGUGUGCGUUUUUUUGUUUUUUUUUUAAUGAAAAUUGUUCACUAUUUUGAAUUGUUUUUGGAAGUACCACCGAGCCACUGGUAGCGAAAGGGGGCACAUAUUAGGCUGUAAAGAGUGACUGCUAAAUCUCAAUUACUUUGUGAGUCAUGCCAAGUGAAUGUUGGAGGGUUUGUCCUGUUUUAGAAUGACCAUCCUUUAUUAAUGAAAAUAACAACAUUGCAAAUAAUUUACAAUGUGAAUUUGCACUGCUGUACAUUCAUACAAUCUUAAACUUGUCAAUAAACAAGAGUAGUUUUAUUUUCAUUUUGUUUUUUUAUAUAUUUUGUACUGUGUGUAGCAGGCGUUUUUCCCCCUUUCUCUCAGCUGUUGUACAAAAAGAUCUUGUAUGCAAAACAAGUUAAUGUACAGUGAUAAAUUAAAAAAAAUAAAUGUUAAAAUGAAA